UCGGCUUCCACCGCGGGAGCGCGCGCCAUCAGGAUCGAUGACAUGAGCGUCUCCACCUUCAGGGCCAUGGUCCGCUUCAUCUACACCGAAGAGCUGCCCAUCAGACCAAGCAAAAACGUGGGACGGCGCCCCUCCAAGGCGAGGCCUGUGAAGCCAUGGCACGCGACCUGCUCGUGGCAGCCGACCGGUACGACCUGGAAAGGCUGAGGCUCAUGUGCGAGAAGAUCCUCUCCGAGAACCUCAAAGCAUCGACCGUCAUGUCGACGCUGCUGCUGGUGCGUGGCCGGAAGAGCUGCCGGCAGCUCGAGCAAUCCUGCAUCGAGUACAUUGCAACCCAUCCCGACGUGCUCGCGGCCGUGAUGGCGACGGAGGAGUACGAGGAGCUCAAGGAAACCUGCAGCCCUUUGGUACUCGAGACCGUAGAGAGAGUUGCAAUGGCCAUGCAUGGCCUUGACCGCAACUCCUCCCUUCUGCCGGAGAAGAGCUCAUCGACGUUCAACGCGUCGGAGGAGGUGCACGGCUGGCAUGACUUCAAGAUCCCCAACUUCAACGCCGUGCAGAGGAGUCAUGGCGUUGGCCAAAGGAUCCAUUCCAGCCCUUUUAAGGUCGGCGGCUAUGACUGGACAAGGCCUAAAGGAUUCCCCGGCGUCAGGGCGUCCAGGUGCUUCAAGAUCGAAGACCCCAGCGGGACGUGGCCGCUCACCGUGAAUUACAGCUCUGUCACUCUCUUUGCGAGGGGCACUGCUACGUCAUGGGGUUGUCCCAAGUGUGUCGGCAUAGAAAAUGCGAAAUCAAAGUACAUGGCAAGUGAUGGCUCCUUGACCAUACGCUGCGAAGUCGACGUCGCUAAGGAGCCCUACACUAGUAGGGCUAGCACCAUUGGCGCCAGAUUCAUGGUCACCGUGCCUCCCUCCCAAGUCUCCACGCAACUCGAGCAGCUGCUGGCAAGCAAGAAUGGCUCGGACGUGGCCUUCCUAGUCGAGGAGAGCGAGAUCCGCGCGCACAAGCUUGUGAUCGCCGCGCGGGCACCAGCCUUACACGAAGCGGUGGUGGCCACCAGCAACAAGGAGGAUGAUCACGCCACUGCUGCCGUGGUACGGGUCGACGACAUGAAGGCUGCGGUGUUCAAGGCCGUGCUCCAUUUUAUCUACGCCGACGAGCUCCUUCCUGGAGAUGGCACUAGGUUGCUGGCUGGGGACAUGCUCACGGCGGCGUGCCGGUUUGGGCUGACGAGAAUGAAGGCCAUAUGUGAGAACUUGUCGUGCGAGUCCUUGUCGAAAGAUAACGUAUUGGCCACUGUGAAGUUCGCGCGCCAUCACCAUUUUUUUUUUGCGAGUGCACAUGAGUUUGCUACUUUUGAUUUUGUGUUUGAAGGUCAAGACAUGAACAAAGAGGCACAUAACUUGGUUAAACUUUUCUAG